UCGGUGGUGGUAGGCUGGAGCUUCGUACCACCACGUUCCGUCUAGCCGAACGUGAUGGUGGUCGCCUGACGUGCAUUCGAGAAGAUGAAGUUACCAGGAUACCAGUGACCUGUCCCGUGUCGGCCGCGGCAAAAGUCAUUGCUACGGACUGCCAGCAAAACCGGCGCAAUGUGACCACGUUCCGCCCCGUACUUGAUCCGGCCACCUGUUCCUGUCUUGUCAGACAGGAGACUCGGACGGAAGCCUGCGACUGUGAAAAGAAGAACUUCAUGAGAGUUGCCUGCGCUGGGAAUGCCCUCAUAGUAUCCAUUGGAGAAUUCUCCUCGCUUCCCGGUGACCGUCACUGCACCAUCAAGGCAUCUCAAAAAACGGAGCCCAUCGACUGCCCCCGAAACGAGGAAAUCGUGAACCCCGGGACUGGGUGCUCUGUGGAGAUGAAAGGCGGCCUUUACCGAGCGGAAAUUAGGCGGUGGCAAGAAGUUGAAAAUUGUCGUUGCGUUCCGCGUCAGAAGAUCCUGCACUCACUUUGUUCCUGCCAGAAACCACAGACCGUGGAGGUGUGCGAAGACCACUCGAAGCUGAUCGUCGAGAGAUUGGUAUUCCAUCGGAUUGGAGACCGCUGCAUGCCGAACCACCAGAUAAUCAACAGGGAAAUCCCCUGCCCAGAACAAAAGGUUUGGGCGUCCCCCUGCUCGCAAGAAUUCCGGACUGUACGAGUUGUCUUCUACAAACUACUCAAUCAGACAUGUGUUCGGUUCACAAAGGCCCUUCGACAGCGCUGUGCCUGUCCGCAACCCAUUCGCCGGCUAUAUUGCGACGGCGAGGGUCGUUGGGUCAAGUGCCUUACCGAGUUCCUAUUCAACAAUGAAGCUAAAACCUGUCGAAUAUCAAAGCAGUGUGUGCGUUGGACACCCGUCUGUCCUCCCAGAAGACGCAUCACGCUGGCUUCUUGCACCGAAAGUACAAACUUCAUGCAGACCCUCCAAACAGUCGAGUUCUCACUGGAUCAGCCGACAUGCCGAUGUCGCGUUCGCAAGCAGGCUCCGUGGAGAGAAUUUUGCCGUAAGUUGAGCUUUACUCUUCGUGGGCAUAUCUGCUGA